ACUUUGUACUGUGUUGUGUAUUUUUCACAUCACUAUCUUUAAUAUUUUAAAACUAGAAAGCAAUUGUAAGCAUCAUACAAACACCUGAGAAUUAUUUGAAAUGUGUAAACAUAAUGUUUCAUCAAAAAAUAAUUUUCUUCCAGACGCCCGUGGUCAUCGACCCCUUGACAAGAAGGAAGCGCUUCCCAGCCUGAGACCCGCCCCACCUCCCAUCAGCGGAAGUGGCUAUCGGGCUCGUCCAGCCACAGCAGUGGCCAGGCCACAGAAAGCGGAGAGGAAAGUGCCUGACGCGGGAGGCUGCCUUCACGCUGACCCAGAUCUGGGAGUGCUGUGUCCAACAGGAUGUCAGUUGCAAGAGGAAUUGCUAAGACAGGAGAAGUCAAUUAAAAACAGCGUUAAUGAUUUAAAUUACAAAGUUAAUGAGGUUUCUCAAAGCUCUACCACAACCUUUCAGUAUAUGACUCUGCUAAAAGACAUGUGGAAAAAGAGGCAGAAGCAAGCAAAAGAUAAUGAAAAUGUAAUAAAUGAGUAUUCCUUAGAGCUAGAAAAGCAGAAAAUAUAUAUAGAUGAGACUGUGAAUAGUAAUAUCCCAACUAACCUUCGUGUGCUCCGUGCAAUCCUGGAAAACCUGAGAAGCAAAAUACAAAAAUUAGAAUCUGAUGUCUCGGUUCAGAUGGACUACUGCCGCACGCCAUGCACUGUCAGCUGUAAUAUUCCUGUUGUGUCUGGAAAAGAAUGUGAGGAAAUUAUCAGGAAAGGAGGUGAAACAUCAGAGAUGUAUCUCAUUCAGCCUGAUACUUCUGUUAAACCAUAUAGAGUAUAUUGUGAUAUGACCACAGAAAACGGGGGCUGGACAGUGAUUCAGAACCGUCAAGAUGGUAGUGUGGACUUUGGCAGGAAGUGGAAUCCAUACAAAGAAGGAUUUGGAAACAUUGCAAGCAAUGCAGAUGGGAAAAAAUACUGUGGCUUGCCAGGUGAAUAUUGGCUUGGAAAUGAUAAGAUUUCGCAGCUUACCAAGAUUGGACCCACAGAACUUUUGAUUGAAAUGGAGGACUGGACAGGAAACAAGGUGAAAGCUCACUAUGGAGGAUUCACGAUCCAGAAUGAGGCCAAUAAAUACCAGAUCUCGGUGAGCAAGUACAGAGGGACAGCUGGGAAUGCCCUCAUGGAUGGAGCGUCUCAGCUGGAGGGAGAGAACAGAACAAUGACCAUUCACAACGGCAUGUUCUUCAGCACCUAUGACAGAGACAAUGAUGGCUGGUUAACUACAGAUCCCCAAAAGCAGUGCUCGAAGGAGGAUGGCGGUGGAUGGUGGUAUAACAGAUGCCAUGCAGCUAAUCCAAAUGGCAGAUACUACUGGGGUGGACAGUACAGCUGGGACAUGGCAAAGCAUGGCACAGAUGAUGGCAUAGUGUGGAUGAACUGGAAGGGGUCAUGGUAUUCACUGAAGAAGAUGUCUAUGAAAAUCAGACCCUUCUUCCCAAAGCAAUAGUGCGCAAACAUACAUUUUUAUUCUAUAGUUGAUACCAUUUUUGUACAUUAUGUUAUUGAAAUUCUCUUUCAUUUGUUAUAUCCCUCUAAAACUCUCAAACAACUGUGUGACUUUUUGAAAAAUGUACAGGAUGAACAACAUUAAAGCGAUCACACAAUUUUAUUUUGUACCCUUUAUUUAUCUUGUUUACCAAGAAAUCAUUAAAAGGAUAACUGUGGACAGAGUUGGUGUUCAGAAUUUUAAUUCUAAUUCACUAUGGAAAGUUUUUUAUUUGAAAGAGGGAUAUCCUGUCCUUAAUGUAGGAAAACCAUGAGACCUGCUAAAAACCUGAGUUUAAAUGUCUACUUCUAAAACUAUUUAUAUGACAUCUGUUAAAGAAAGCUUUCAAAGAUGUGUUCAUUAAAUCAGUCUCUGUUGCCAUAAAUUAAUGCUUCCUUAUUUUAUGAUGCAUGUGACCAA